AUGAUGGAGUCUUGCGUCUUCGGCAUUGAAGAAGAGGAAAUUAAAGGAGAAGCAGGGCACCGCACGGGGAUAAUGUACCUUCCGGAAGAUGUUGUUGUGGAUAUACUGUCAAGAUUGCCGGUGAAAUCCUUGUUGCGUUUUGAAUGUGUAUCUAAGCAAUGGCGUUCUUCGAUUUCCGAUCAUCAGUUCGCCAAAUUCCAGCUCAGUAGAUCAUUGUCAUUGGUCAAAACUGGCCACCAAAAGUUCUUGCUCUAUUCUUCCGGGUAUGAUAAGUUUUAUUUGAUGCACAACUCUGAGAAUCCUUGUGAAAAGGCUGAAGACGAUGAUGUAGUCAACAUUGAAAAGCUGGAGUUGCACUCUCUUCCCUUUGAUUAUGAAAACCCACCCAAUACCUUCCGCUCUUGUGAUGGUCUGUUACUUGUGGGUUGGUAUGGUCAAUUUCAUAAAUAUUUUUUCUUGUGGAAUGCAUGUCUGAAUACUUGCAUUCAAGUCCAAUGUCCUCUUGGAUCAAGAUUUACGAUUCUUGAAUUUGGAUUUUGCUAUGAUCACUUUAGCAACGAUUACAAGGUAGUCAUUAUGUUCAUAAAUUAUGAUGUGAUUUGA